GUCUGUUAUUGACUCCAGGCGCAGGCUGUUAAUAGCUUUAUGCCUUAUAAUGUCCUGAUCCUGCUGGUGGAACUAACGCGGAGAAUUGGGCUGGAUGUGCGGGGAGGCUUCGUGUUUUCCCCCAUUAUUACAGAGCCACCAGAGCUUGAGGCAUGUCUUUUUUGGAUCCCCUUGCACGAACUACGGAUGGUCGGCAGAUUUGUUUGCAGGGUUUACUUGACAAAGACGUGCAGGAUAGCGGAUCGAAUCGCAUCGAGCCGAGCGUUUGUUUGUGAAAAGUGAAAGUGCGUUAACUGAUCGUUUUUUUUCUCCCACGGAAACGUUGGAGAUGUGUGAAGCCUGCUUAGAGUUUGAUAUUGUCCAAUGCGAAACAAUCUCUCAUCUUCGUGCAGGGUAAAAGGAAGAUCUGUCUCCACUGUAAGUGCCCUCGUGAGGAGCAUGUUGUCGCAGCCAUGCCUCUAGAGAUGGAGAAGACCGUGACCAAGCUGAUGUAUGACUUCCAGAGGAACUCAACAUCUGACGAUGACUCUGGCUGUGUUCUGGAAGAGUAUGCCUGGGUGCCACCUGGACUCAAACCUGAGCAGGUUCAUCAGUAUUACAGUUCAUUGCCAGAGGAGAAGGUACCAUACGUGAACAGUCCUGGGGAGAAACAUCGCAUCAAGCAGCUUCUGCAUCAGCUGCCCCCACAUGACAAUGAGGUGCGAUACUGUAACGGCUUGGAUGAUGAGGAAAAGAGGGAGCUGAAGCACUUCAGUAACCAGAGAAAGAGAGAGAAUCUGGGCCGUGGUAAUGUCAGGCCCUUCCCUGUGACUAUGACUGGAGCAAUAUGUGAACAGUGUGGAGGACAGAUAAAUGGUGGUGACAUUGCUGUCUUUGCAUCCCGAGCUGGUCAUGGGGUGUGCUGGCACCCACAGUGCUUUGUGUGCAGCAUAUGUGACGAGCUGCUGGUGGAUCUUAUCUACUUCUACCAGGAUGGGAAGAUCUUCUGUGGCCGUCACCACGCCGGGAGACUCAAACCACGUUGUUCUGCUUGUGAUGAGAUCAUUUUUGCAGAUGAGUGCACAGAAGCAGAGGGCAGACACUGGCACAUGAAACACUUCUGCUGUUUCGAGUGUGAUAUGGUUCUGGGCGGCCAGCGUUACAUCAUGAAAGAGGGCCGUCCUUACUGUUGCACCUGCUUUGAGUCGCUGUACGCAGAAUACUGUGACUCCUGUGGGGAACACAUUGGGAUUGACCAAGGCCAGAUGACAUACGACGGCCAACACUGGCAUGCCACCGAAGACUGUUUUAGCUGUGCCCGCUGUAAGAAUUCACUGCUUGGCUGCCCAUUUCUACCCAAACAGGGUCAGAUCUUCUGCUCUCGGGCGUGUAGCGUUGGCGAUGACCAAAACGGCUCCGAUUCCUCUGAUUCUGCUUUCCAGAGUGCUCAUUCCCGCGAGGCCCGGCGCAGCAGCUCCAAAUCCAACAAGAGCACCAAUAACAUUAGUAGUAGAGGAGAAGGGAGCCAGGGGAGGAAUGGUUCUGCAGGGCAUUAUUCUGCUGACGUUGACCCACUUUCUCUUCAAAUGGAUUUGCUUAGUCUUUCCAGUCAAACGCCCAGUCUGACGCGGGAACCUCCAUCCUGGAAGAUGCAGACAGAAAUGUAUGGGUAUAAGGGUCGUGAUGAACUCUCUUCGAACCCGCUUCAUAUGCUCAGUCAAUGCAAAAUCCAACCUUCUUGUCCCUCAAUUCCAUCUCCUGGUCACCCAGCAGAUCACCGGCCUAAGGAACCUGUGACCUCCAAGAGAACCCCCAUUUCUGCUCUAAAAGGACAGUCUUUGAAUGAGAACUGGUUCCAACAAGGACCAGAGGACUAUUACUCACCCAAACUGAGGACACAGACUAGCUUUAAAGAAGUUCCACAGAACAGCUUCAUGGAUAAACGGUCCAUAAGCUUGCAUGUAUUCCAGAGGGAGAAAGAGAUGGAAGUUGGGCCACAGAUGGGCCGCAGCAGGAACCCCAUCAGUGCACUUAGCUUUAGCGAGCAGCUCACACCACUUGAGCAAACUCCACAUGGCUCUAUGGAAUCGCUGGCUCUGUCUAAUGCAACAGGCACCUCUGCAUAUGGUGGCGGAAAGCGGCAAGAACACUUGUCUCGCUUCUCAAUGCCAGAUUUGAGCAAAGAUUCUGGCAUGAAUGUGUCUGAAAAGAGCACACUCAACUCUUCAGUACAGUUCCACAGCUCAGAAUCACUCCGCAGCCUGAACUCCGCACAGCCCUACCUGGAGCUCGAAGCCCCAGUGCAAGUCAAAUGUCCUGGGAAAUACACCCGUGAACCAUCUGGAAUUAAUGCUUUGCCACCUGGGUUUGCCUAUCAGCAGGAAGAUCGAGCAAGUUUGGUCAGCAAUGCCAACAACGCCCGUCUACCACCCAUGAGUGAACGGACAUGCCGCCGCAGCAUUGACCAGGAAGAGCCGCGGCAACGACACCAUCACCGCUCUCGCCGUUCCAGACGUUCACGUUCAGAAAACGCACUUAAUCUUGCUGCAGAGCGCCGCCCGGCCCCAAAACGUUCUCAGCUUCAUGUUCGUGAGGAUUACAACCAGUUUCCUCCUCGUGGACCACGGGAUACGCAUGGUGGUGGAAGCGGUAGGUUGAGGCAGCAGCCGUUUAGACCUUGCCCUCGAACAACCUCUGACCUGACGCUUCAAAACCCCGCCCCACACAGACACCAAAGCCUCUAUUCGUGGGACCAGUACGAUUAUGAUGACGACUGUUGCUCAACAUGUUCCUCAUCGUCCGAGUCAGAGGAUGAAGGGUAUUUUCUGGGUGAGCCCAUUCCCAGACCAGUCCAGCUGAGGUAUAUGACUAGCGAAGAGCUACUACGCAAAUAUAACAAUUCAGGUCUGGGCGCAUCCAGUCAGUUGGGGAGCCGUGGACAAUUACACAAACGCAAACGUAGGAAAAGCAAAAACUGCAUUAUCUCCUAAAUGUUACGCCUGCUGCACCCUCCACAAUCUUGCACAAGAUGAUUUAAUCCGUCCCUAGAGACUAAGUCAGGGUAGAUGUCAUCUUUAAUUUGACGCAAGUCUUGUUUUGAUUCGAGUCAAAUUAAUGGUGCACUCAGUAUGUAAUUGGCUGAUUUCUAAACUUUGAAACAAGUAGAAUAGUAUUUCUUUUUAAACAUUUAGUACAUUUACAUGAUAUGAAGACUCGUCAUAUGAGAGAAAAAGCUACUUUAUUGUACAUAUUGUGCUGGGCAUGAGUGCCACCAUGUUGAGAUCAUUUGACCAGCCAAAUAUUACUCACUCUUUUUUUUUUUUUCAAUAAUCCCCUGUAAUCUGAUGCUUUCACUUGUAGAAUAUAUUAACCCUCCAAGGUCUAAGGGGUCUUAAGUCCGCCUGGCACUAUUUUGAUAUUUUGGCUUCUGGAAUGGUCAAUUUUCAUAGCAGAGUGAAGAGAGUCAUAUUUCUGGAUUCUAUAGAUUCUCAUCUACAAUGUUGAUGCAUUGUAAAUACACUUCUUGAGACAUUUGUACAUGUUCUGAUGUGAUAUAUCACCAAAAAAUACAAAAACAGAAAUUCAAUUUUGUUGUUUUUAUUAUAAUAAAAAAUAUUGAACAUAAAUGAAUAAGGAAUUUUUCAAUAAAUAUGUAUUCCUCAAAGGCUUUAGAACAAAUUAAAAAAAAAUUUGGAUUAAAAAAUAUAAAGGGAAAAAACAACUAUUUACAUUUAUGUGACUCUAGUCACCAUACGUUUUUUUUU